AUGUAUGUGAAAUGGUUUGAUAUAGUAAUGUUUUACUAUGUGAUUUUAGUGAAUUUAGUGAAUGUCACUUUUUGUCAUUUUCAAAUUUCCCGCUGUUCCAUCCCCGUACAUCCUGACGACGCAGGGAACGGAACCCAGGAGACGGAUGCGGGCAUCCGCUGGAGGACAUUGCCGGGGACACUGCAGGAGGGACAUCGUGGGAGCGCAGGACAAGGUAAGUGCAGAACAGAUCCCUGAGCAGCGCCGCAUGGUAAGCCCGAGUGUAGCUCAGGGUUAUCGCUUGUGCUACACUCGGGAAUACCGCCAGGGAGGCUAC